AUGCUUCAAGAUAUGAUUAAUUUGCAGGUUCAAAGUGAACUUAAUGAGGAAGACAAUCAUGGCGUAUCAGAAAAUUUAAGGUGGCUAGUAGCUGGUCCAAACAUGGCAGUGCCAUCAUAUAAGAGCUAUCUUAUUAAAGGUAUUAAAUUUAACAUCAAGGCACAAGGUGAUGUGUGGACAACUCAAAAUAGUGGAGUUUAUUUACUUGCACAUACCAUGCAAGUUGCUAGUGCCAAGGAUAAAAACCAAAUUCUCUCAAAUAUGGGUUUCUAUGGUGUCAUUCAAGAAAUUUGGGACCUUGACUACCAAAAGUUUACAAUCCCAGUCUUUAGGUGUGAUUGGAUAGAUAGUACUUCUGGUCUUGUAGUCGACGAACUUGGAUUUACCCUUGUAGAUUUGAGUAAAAUUGGACAUAGGAAUGACCAAUUUGUUUUGGUUUCUCAAGUUAAACAAGUAUUUUUUGUUGACAACCCGAUGCAUCGUGGUUGGUCGGUAGUGUUAUCAAUGCCUAAUAGAGAAUAUAAUGAUGUUAUUGGUGAUGAUGUCUUAGGUGAUGUGAGAGAAUUGAGUGUGAGCCAUUUACUAGAAGGAUGCCAAAUGUUGACACAUUUGAUGAACUGGUGGGUGAGUUUGGGAGUCAAAAUAUUCGGGAUGGGUGUGAAGAUAUAUGGAUUGAAUGAUGCUUAUGUAAUUGGCAGUGUAUGA